AUGACCAAGCUCCUAGCAAUCACCCUCAUCCUCACCAUCCUCUCCCUGCUUCCAACCUGCUACAGCCACCCCAUCAACGAAACCUCCCACUCCUCAGCCGUCCCCUACGGCAUGCUAAUCACCCACUGCACCGUCCCCAACACCAUCGCCCUAACCUUCGACGACGGCCCCUCAACCUUCACCCCAGCCCUUCUGGACCUCCUCAGCGAAUACGGGGCACGCUCAACCUUCUUCGUGAACGGCUACCGACUACAGGAGAGUGCUCCCAUCCUACAACGCAUCUACACUGAAGGGCACCAAAUAGCCUCUCACACAUUUGGCCACUCCUUCCUCCCUACCCUCGACAACCCCACCAUAAUUAACGAGAUGAACACCCUCGAGUCCUUAUUCCGGACCUUCAUCGGUCGAGUCCCCACCUAUAUGCGCCCGCCCUUCCUAGCUGUGGACGGAAGAAUCCUCGCAUUGAUGACGGACUUGGAAUACCAUGUUAUUGGGGCAAGUGUAGACACAAAGGACUUUGAGAAUAAUACGCCUCAGUUAAUAGGGGAGAGUGUGAAGGAAGUUUGUGGAGGGGGUGCAGGCGGGCGGGACGGUGGUGUUGGCACAUGAUACGCAUGCGCAGACGGUUUGGACUUUGACUAGGGUUAUGUUGGAGGAGAGUAGGAGGAGGGGGUUGAUUGGUAGGUUUACCCCUCCUUG